UUCAGACUACCAAUCAUCGUUGAUCUGCAUUCAUAGUGUGUGUUGCGGCUAAUUUGCUGGCUGACCCUUUUCUUACACAAUUUGCCUCUCCUAGUCUUUGCGGUCCGAUAUUCCGUCUACCGUGUUGAAGCGAAUCAUGAAAGAGAUGCAACAACUUGAGCAUUCGCCGCCCGAAGAUAUUCAAGUCAUUGCCAAUGAAAACAACCUCACUGACAUUCAAGCUUGGAUUCGCGGCCCCAAUGGCACGCCGUAUGAAAACGGUUAUUUCAAAGUGCGUUUAAUGCUGGCGGAUGGAUUUCCGGAUCUGCCUCCCAAAGGACAUUUCUUGACCAAGAUAUUUCAUCCUAACGUGUCCGCUUCCGGGGAAAUCUGUGUGAGCACGUUGAAAAAAGAUUGGAAACCUGAUCUGGGCAUCGCGCAUAUAUUUCUGACGAUUAAAUGUUUGCUGAUCGUUCCUAAUCCCGAGUCGGCACUCAAUGAAGAAGCUGGGAAAUUGUUGUUGGAACACUACAACGAUUAUGCUCGGCGAGCGCGUUUGUACACCUCGAUCCACGCCAAAAACGGAAAAAAUGAAUACCAAGCGCUGGCACAACAGCGCGUUCAACCAGACGAAGAGAAAAAAUAUGAUACCACUCCGAACGCUUCCGAAGAUGGCGAGAACCCCGUGAAGAAUUCGGCGAUAAAACAGGACGACAAGUCUGCGAUUUCCAGUGCCAAAGCUUCGUCAGUGAAUGUGUUGACUACUUCCGCUGUCAGUAACGCUGCUGUAUCUUCUAUUCCAUCUAAUCCGGAGCUGAAACGUUCCGCAAGCAAAGCCCUGGGCGAUUCUGUAAAUAUCACCAAGCAACCGCGCACAGAAGACAUGAUAAAAAAGAAACCAGUCACCGUAAAAGACAAGAAGAAGAGCUUACGGCGUCUGUAAAUUGUAGCCCUUUGGCAUCUGUUUUUUUUUCUCUUGCUUUAUCAACAUAUAGAUCCAACACAGUAUGAUAAUUUGUAGGUUGGAAACAUUUCUCACUCCCUCAUUCAUUUUAAUGGAUGAGCGGGUAUCUCAAUUGCAUGUUACAUCGGGUGCAUUUAAUAUAAUUGUUUCAAUUUUUCAGGUGAUGUUGACUCUCAACCGUGGGAUGGUUUCUGGUGCAUAGCGACA